AUGAGUCUCAAUCGCAAAGAUGAUAGUCCGGACGACAGAGCCGCUCUGCGUCACAGCAUAGGACAAUUGCCCGCCGGAGCAGCAGAGGUAUUCCCACACACACAGGAAAAGCAACGGAAUUCUGUCCUUGCGGUAGUGGCGAGCAGGUUAUCAGACCCAGUUGUUGCGGCCUUUCUCGGUGGUGGAGUCGCAGGCGCUGUGUCCCGAACAAUCGUCUCCCCGCUCGAGAGGUUGAAGAUUCUACUCCAGGUGCAGAGCGUUGGUCGCGAGGAAUACAAACUCUCCAUAGGGAAAGGACUGGCAAAAAUGUGGAGAGAGGAAGGUUGGAGAGGAUUUAUGCGCGGAAACGGCACCAAUUGCAUUCGAAUCGUUCCCUAUUCGGCGGUCCAGUUUGGGAGUUACAACUUAUAUAAAACGGCAUUCGAACCCACACCAGGCGGAGAACUUACUCCCCUACGGAGACUUACAUGUGGUGGCCUUGCCGGUAUAACGUCGGUCACCUUUACUUACCCCUUAGAUAUCGUACGCACCCGUCUUUCCAUACAAUCUGCGUCCUUCUCGGAGCUCAAAAACCAGCCUCGUACGAAACUCCCUGGGAUGUAUGAGACCAUGUGCCUUAUGUAUAAAAACGAGGGUGGCAUUGUUGCCCUUUACAGAGGAAUUCUUCCCACCGUCGCCGGUGUAGCGCCAUACGUUGGAUUAAAUUUCAUGACCUACGAGUCGAUUCGAAAGUACCUUACACCUGACGGCGACUCUAAUCCCAAUGCUGCGAGAAAGCUAUUGGCCGGAGCUAUAUCUGGCGGUGUUGCCCAGACAUGCACAUAUCCAUUUGAUGUUCUCCGCCGCCGAUUCCAGAUAAAUACAAUGUCUGGCAUGGGGUACAAAUACACCUCCAUCUUCGAUGCUAUCCGAGUCAUAGCUGUUGAAGAAGGUAUCCGUGGCUUCUACAAGGGCAUCGUUCCAAAUCUCCUAAAAGUUGCCCCAAGUAUGGCGAGCAGCUGGCUCAGUUUUGAGUUGACACGGGAUUUCUUCGUUAGUCUCUCAGACUAA